GGUUUCUUUCUGAAGAAGAUUGCAAUAUUGAAGAUUUGAAAUUGAUUAUUUCAAUCAUCCAUUAAAUUUUACAAAUGUAUUGGACAAUAGUUGAUCACUAGAGUAUGGCGGCUGAGGCGAUCGAAGCCCCAAAGCCGAGGCCAGGUGGAGUGCUUAUAUCUCGAACUGAGGCUUUCUCCGCCGCACACCGUCUUCAUGCCGCUUCCCUAACUGAUGAGGAGAAUAAGAAGAUCUUUGGCAAGUGCAACAAUCCCAAUGGCCAUGGACACAACUACAAAGUCACCGUCACUGUGUACGGCGUGGUGGACCCUAUUACCGGCAUGGUCAUCAACCUGGUCGAUCUCGGGACUGCCAUGAAGGAUGUGCUGGGUGAACUUGAUCACAAACAUAUCGACAAGGAUGUAGACUUCUUUAGAUCAACCUCCACUGUCAGCACUGUCGAGAACAUCACAAUUUUCAUCUGGAAACAGCUGGCAGAGCAUACGUCGCUGGUGGGUGCGCAUCUGUAUGAUGUCACCGUCCACGAAACUGACAAGAACGUCGCCUCCUACCGGGGUCCUCUCUUCACACCGAUCAUGUGAGAACCGGGAUGUUGUGUGUGUGUAUGUGUGUACGUGUGUGUGCGUCUGUGUGUGUGUGUGUGUGUGUGUGUGUGUGUGUGUGUGCACCGCUGCUUCACACGCUUUUCCAUGUUCAUAGUGUGUCCUUGUGUGUGUGUGUGCUUGGUUGCCGAUCACUCCCUGUCCCUGUCUUGUGAGAGCUGCGAAAGAUAACCUGGCUUAUUGCAACAUGAUUUGUGUCAAACACCCCCUUGACUGUAUAUACGUGCGCUCUUAUGCAUGGCGAUCUUGAUGCCUAUCUGGCACAUCUGUUGCUCGUACGGACACAUUCUCGCAUCGUGUCUGCACACAGGAGAGCAUUGUGAUACCCUCACUCGAAUAGUAUAAUAUUAUUUCUUGCUUCAAUACGAGCAUACAAUUGGGAGCUGGUUCUCUCAUUUCUUCUGGCUACAUUUGCUCUAUGUUUUAUGUUUUUAAUUCGGUCAAUCUUCAGCUCGCCUGUUGCACUG